UGGGCUUUGCAACUCUGCUUCAUAACUCUCACGCAAGGAAGGGAAGUUUGCUACCAAAGGCUUGGAUGCUUUACAGAUAGCCCCCCUUGGUCUGGGAUCCCAGGGAGACAACUGGCAGGCCUGCCCAGCUCUCCAGAAGAUGUGAACACCAAUUUCCUUCUUUACACUAGAGACAACGUAAUGAAAUAUCAAAAAAUUUCUGCUACAAAUUCAUCAACUAUCAAGGCUUCAAAUUUUCGAACACACAGGAAAACUCGCUUCAUUAUACAUGGCCAUCUUGCUGGAGCAGAUCUCCCCUGGAUAACAAAUAUAUGCAGGUUCAUGUUUCACACUGAAGACGUGAACUGCAUUUUGACCGACUGGAGCGGUGGCUCUAGUGGUUUGUACACCGACGCCGUUAACAACGUCCGCAUUGUGGGGGCUGAGCUAGUCUAUCUGGUGGACCUUCUUGAGAAAGAUUAUGGCUACUCUCCUGCCAACAUUCAUUUCAUCGGCCAUAGCCUUGGAGCACAUGCCGCAGGGGAGGCAGGGAGAAGGAAACCUGGCAUUGGAAGAAUAACAGGUUUAGAUCCAGCCGGACCCCUUUUCCAGUACACUCCCGCAAUGGUCAGGCUGGAUCCUUCCGACGCAAAAUUUGUUGAUAUAAUUCAUACUCAUGCCGCUCCAGGGAUUCUUCAGACUUGUGGCCACCUGGAUUUUUACCCAAAUGGUGGGAAGAAGAUGCCAGGAUGCAAGCAGCUUCGUGUACCUCCUGCAACUCGGAGUAUCAAUGACCUUAUGAGAGAAUAUAGAUCUAUUGGAUGUGGGCACAAAAGAAGUCUCCGGUAUUAUGCUGAGAGUAUUAUCACUCCGAAUGCAUUUGUUGGAUAUCAGUGUGAAACAUACCGAGCUUUUGUAUUGGGACGCUGCUUCCCAUGUCCAAAGGAAGGAUGCCCACUGAUGGGCCAUUAUGCUGAUAAGUUUUUACAUAAAACUGAAAAAGAACAGCAAAAGGUUUAUUUAAACACAGGGGCCUCCCCUCCAUAUGCUCGCUGGCGAAAAGAGGUACAUGUCAGAGUAUCUGCAACAGAAGCCAUGAAGGGAAAUAUAGAUGUAGCCUUGACUGGAACUAAUGGGAUCAGGAAAAAGUAUACAAUUGACAAGUAA